CGGCGCGGGAUGGAGCCGGCCGGGGCCCCGCCGCCGAGCUGCGCCCCGGCCCGGGAGGCGGAGGAACCCCCGGGGUCCCCGGCGCUCCCCGCCGAACCUCCGCGGGACGGCGAACCCGCCCGGAAGGCGAUAGAAGAGGCGGUGGCGGAACGGAGCCGCGGUCGCGGCCCUGCCGGGCGGGCGGCGCGGGGUGGGGGGCGGCGCGGGCCGGAGGAGCGGGGGGCCCGGGCGGGACGGCGGCCCCGGGUCACCGUGGAUAGCUCCAAGGCCAAGACCUCACUGGAGGCGCUGAAGAUCAGCCUGCGGCAGCUGCGUUGGAGGGAGUUUCCCUUCGGCAGGCGCCUGCCGUGUGAUAUCUACUGGCAUGGAGUGUCGUUUCAUGAUAAUUACAUAUUCUCAGGUCAAGUCAACAAGUUUCCAGGCAUGACGGAGAUGGUACGUAAGGUUACGCUGAGCCGGGCAGUGAGAACGAUGCAGGAUUUGUUUCCUGUCGAAUAUAACUUCUAUCCUCGCUCCUGGAUUCUGCCCGAGGAGUUUCCCCUCUUUGUGACUGAGGUUCGUAUGAUGAAAGAGAGCGAUCCGUCCUGGAAGCCCACUUUUAUUGUCAAACCUGAUGGCGGGUGCCAGGGGGAUGGAAUCUACCUCAUUAAAGACCCCAGCGACGCCAGGCUGGCCGGCAGCCUGCAGAGCCGCCCGGCGGUGGUCCAGGAGUACAUCUGCAAACCGCUGCUUGUGGACAAGCUGAAGUUUGAUAUUCGUCUCUACGUCUUACUGAAAUCCUUGGAACCUUUAGAGAUUUAUAUAGCCAAAGAUGGACUUUCUAGAUUUUGUACAGAGCCCUAUCAAGAACCCACUCUGAAAAAUUUGCACCAGGUUUUUAUGCACUUAACUAACUACUCACUAAAUAUCCAUAGUGGGAAUUUCAUCCAUUCUGACAAUGUAAACACUGGCAGCAAGAGGACUUUCUCAAGCAUUCUGUGCAGACUGUCUUCCAGAGGAGCUGAUGUCAAAAAGGUUUGGUCAGAUAUAAUUUCACUGGUGAUUAAAACAAUUAUUGCACUGACACCAGAACUGAAAGUUUACUAUCAGUCUGACAUCCCAGCAGGAAAGCCUGGGCCAACUUGCUUCCAGAUUUUAGGGUUUGACAUUCUCCUGAUGAAGAACUUGAAGCCCAUGUUGCUGGAAGUAAAUGCAAACCCCAGCAUGAGAAUAGAGCACGAGCAAGAGCUCUCUCCUGGGGUGUUUGAAAAUGUCCCAAGUCCUGUUGAUGAAGAAGUGAAAGUAGCUGUUAUCAGAGAUACUCUUCGUCUGGUGGACCCCCACAAAAAAAAGAGAAAAGAUAUUCAAUCUCAGACUUCAGAGCAUGUGUCAGAAACAAGAGAGGAUCUACUGGAUGCAGGACCAGCAGGUGGACUGGAAUACGAGACCAGCAAAAACCCAGAGGCUGGCCUGCCCUCCCUGUGUCUCAAGCAAGUGUUUCCAAAGUACGCCAAGCAGUUCAAUUACCUGCGACUUGUGGACAGGGUGGCUGCGUUGUUCAUCCGAUUCCUUGGCGUCAAAGGGACAACAAAACUGGGGCCAACAGGUUUCCGGACAUUUAUAAGAAACUGCAAGCUCAGUAACAGCAAUUUUUCAAUGGCUUCUGUAGAUAUCUUAUACAUUGAUAUCACACGAAGGUGGAACAGCAUGGGAAUUGAUCACAAAGAAUCAGGAAUGUGUUUGCAAGCCUUUGUUGAAGCUUUCUUCUGUUUGGCUCAGAAAAAAUACAAGUCGCUCCCUCUUCAUGAGCAGGUGGCAUCAUUGAUUGACUUCUGUGAGUAUCACCUGGCUGCCCUGGAUGAGAAGCGCCUGCUUUGCGGCCGAGGGGUUGUGGAGCGCCGAGGUGCAGCGGUUACUUGUCCGACAGAUGGACUUGAGGUGACCCCAGCUCUGCACGCACCCCUCCUAAACCGCACGGCUGCAGCUGGUAAACUUGCAGAUUGCAGAAGUCAUCGCUAUCCUGCUGCUGUUUCACCAGGAGCAGGGAGAGACUGAGAGAACUGAGAAUUAAUCUCAGGUGAAGACAAGGAACAAACAGACAGUGAGAAGAUAACCAACAUCAUGGGAAUUGGGUGCACCGCCUGAGAGGCACACUCAUGUUAAGAAAUUACAUGCCUUGAAUGCACUAAAUGUAUCAUGGGCACCAAUGAAGGAGCUGCAGUUGCAAGUUCCAGUUGUGUGUUUUUGAAAACAAAAACCUGGGAUUAUAUUUUUGGUCAGACUUCAGGCUUUGACCCUGUUACUUCAGUUGCUUGGACUGGGCUUGUCGGUACUGGUACAGAUCUGCUCGUUGCCCAUAGCUAUGCACUUACCUUUAUAACUCAGUCUUAAACCUCUGAAAUCAUAUUUCUGUUUCUACUUUGUACGUGUCCUUGCCAUAAGAAGUGCUGUUAACUUUUUAAAGAAAAAUGAGAGAUGUUUGAGUCCUUUUGCUUCUGCAGAAACAAUAAGAUCACAAUGAUUCACAGCAAAAAAACACAAGCAACCAAGCUUCAUUAAGUAACAUUUGUUGACUUCAGUGUUGUUUUUUCUUCAAGUAGUAAGCACUGUUGCUGCAAAGAGCCUUACUGCAUAAAGGUGUAAGAAGUCAACCAGGUCCAGAAGUCAUCCAGGAGGACAGUCUGGUCACUUUAGGCUAAACUAAUUGUAUUCUAGGUUUGCUGAUUUUCAUACUACUUUGGUGUUUGCUAUCUUAUUUGGGCCUAGGUAACACCUAGAGCAGAUUUUUUUGGACUUUGCACAUAAUCUUCAUUUUUCUUCUACAACUUAGAUCUAUAUUAUUCAACAGGAUAUUUUGUCAAGAAUGCUGGACUCCACUGGAGCUCUUUUGGAGGAGUUCUACUCUUAUUUUUCAAGCAAUGAACUGUGAGUUGCAUAAUCACACUCUUGGGGAGGGGGCUAAAGAGACAGACUGGCUGAAAAGGACACAGAUAACUUGGUGCAUCGGUGCUGUUCAGUCGAUUUUUUUCUGGUCUCAUAUUUUAUGAUGAUAAUGUAUAAUGUGAUUUUCCUCCUUUGUUUUUUUAUUUAAUGUUAAUAAUCUACUCAUGUUCCAGCGCUUGUCAUACUGUCAAAAAUGACAAAAUAUUAAGAAGGCACAAUGUUUGGGCAGUGAGGUUUGGUUUGAGCAAAUGACCUGAUCUUGAUGUCUGAAUCUUCCAGUGGCUGACGUACAAGAAUUGUUGUCUGCCAUACAGGGAUCGUGCUGUCAGUGUGGAGAAAGUCCUCACACUGAAUGUCAAGGACUAACUGCACACUCAGUAUGGAGUGACUUUUUACUCUAGGGAAUGUUUAGGAUUUACUUUCUGAUGUUUUGUUUUUAAACAGCAUGCUGUUUUCCCAAGUGAGCAUGGCAGUGCAACACAGAAGUCAAGGUUGGCUUGCAAGAAUCUAAUGCCUAGCAUGUGUUAUAAUAACAACUGUGGGAGUAGCUGCUUCUCUUUUCCUUCUCUUUCUGUAACACAAGUCAGAGCAGUAGUAGACACUUGGUUUUGUUCAGUGUUUGUAAUUUUUUGUACAUAAUGCCACUGCCCUCUGCCUUGUUUAAGUUUCAUAAGGAUUAUUGCAGUAUGAAGAUAAAAUGCCAAACUCUGAGGUCUGGCAGCUGUCAGAACAAACGAAGUUGAAAGGGUCAUUUUUUUUCAAUCUCAUUGUAAUAUAUUUGAAGACAUUCCCAAGUUGAAAAAUGGUUGCUUCUCAUUUUGUGACAUCUGACAUUUGUCUUGCGAUUGGCAGUGUGUUACUAGAAAAUAGCUUACAGUUUCCCUCAUCUUGUGAUUGAUGUUCUGUAAAGACAGGGGUAGAGAAGACUAGGAUUUGAAAUAGUGCAGAUGUGAAUACUUUUCUUUGGAGCUUUCAAGUAGUACAGCCUAUGCCCUAAAACACUCUUUUUGGCUACUACAGAAGUUACCCUGGUAUCAGUGGAUUAAAUUAGCUAUUGUACAUAAAGAGCACUGGAGAUCUUUAUAUUCUCUGGAUCUCAUACAGAUUUUCAUAACCUGUGCAUACACAGGCUGAUGCAGUAUACUCUAUUUCCUAUUUCGAAUAUGACCCUCGUGGAGUAGGUAAAAGAUUUAAUGAUCUGCCUCUGGUAACUCAGUGUUCAUACAUUUAUCUAAUUGGAAAAUUGAGUGGCACAUUAUUCCUGGGGGAGGAGAGGGGAAAGUGCAGUAAAUAGGAGUGCACUCGAGAGUCAUCACAACAAAGUCACAUUUCUCUUCCCUCCCAUCUAAUGCAGUACUUGCAGUACUAUUUAGCAUCCAAAGCAAUUUCACGUAGCCCUUAAGUGGUCUGUGCAAACACAAGAAAGUGACCAGAGAUACUGAAUUUGGAAUAUGAACGCAAAUGCACUGAUAAUCUGUUAAUCCUGAGAUAGCUUUCUAGCAGAAAAAUGAUAUGUGAAAGGUAGACAAGCAUUUUUUAAUAGUAUUUUUAAUAUAAUCUUUUCAGAGAAUAACAUAGCAUUCAGUAUUCCAUUUAUGAACAUAUAUAAACAUUACAUACCAGGGAAAUCUUUCUUAUUAUCAGACACAUUGGGUCUGGUAUUCCUCACUGGGCACAAAUCCAAGUAAAACACCUGAACAUCUAAAGCAGAAUUGAGGCAAGUGUGUACAGAACUUCAGUCUAGUCAUCUCCUCUCCCUGCAGGCUUGUCGCUAUCCUGAAUGUGCCUCUAUUUGCUGGGUGAUUCCUUGUUUGACUCCAAGUUAUGUGAGUUGUUAUUCUGCAUAGAGCUCUUGUCUUCUGAGUUGGCUGAAAUUUGUCUUCUGCCUCUAACUUGAUUUGAAACUUGAAACUGAACUGCCCUCUCUGCCCGGAUUGCUUUACUUGCCAUGCACUCCUAGCAACUUUCUUUCAAAACCAGCUCUGAAAUGGAGCUAUUGAGCUAAUUAGGCACUUAAUGCUUGCUCAGGUGUGAGACCCCAGUCCACCUGCUUCAGAGUUUGUCUCAGCUGCAGCUCUCCUCCCCUUGCUCUGCAGGUGUUCUCCCCAUGCAUUAAUUUUGUGUUAAGCCCAUCAUCAGGUGACCAGAGCCCCCUUCCAAGAGAUGGAAAAUGCAGUGUGGAAACCUUUGUGAUGAGGAGGGAUCUCAUCCUCCUCUCAUCUGAGCUCUGCCUAGUUCAUUGGACACAGGGUAGGUGCAUGCUCUCACACUCUGAGUUGGAAGGGGCUGGGGCCUCUGCAGAUGCUAUGGUGUGACCAGGACAUUGCUCCCAGCUGUGUGAGCUGUUGAAUCUGAAGCUGCCAGUGGAGCAGCUGCUGCCUGGAUCCUGCCUGGUUUGGAUCUCGGCUGCUGCUCCAGCCUGCUGUGACAGGAGUUGUAGUUUUCUUGCAACAUGUCUUCCAUAGCAAUGUGGAGCUGCGCCCUGACCAGCUCUGUGCUUGCUUGUGCUCACAGCCCUUAAGCUUUAAAGAGGGAAGGAGCUUUAUGACAUCUCCUGCUCAGUGUUGCUCAGUGGCUUCUCAUUCCCUGCUGGCUUUUUUGUGCACACAUGAAACAGGAGCCUCAUCACCUGCACUGCAAUCAGUCAUGGUGGCAGCUCUUUGUUCCUUGCCAGCCCUGCCCGACCUUACUCUGAUUUCUGUCUGAUGGACAGUGACAAUCUGCUUCUCAGUAUUGCCUAGUUCCCUCUAAUUUGUUUUCUUUUCCAUCAUGGUUUACUGAGUUUCUUCCUAAUUCCACAGUUUUGCUUUUCAGCUUGCCUAAUAAAGUGAUGGGUCUAUUUGCCUGA